AUGAUUGACUUUGAGACUGGCCUACAUCAAGCUUUUGUAGACACAUAUCCAGAAGCACACGUGUAUUCAUGCUGGUUCCAUUAUGUGCAGAGUUUACAAAAAAACAUUAAGAAAAUGGGCUACUCCCGUUAUAUACAGCAGAAUAGAGAGGCAAAAAUGUGCCUAAAAAUGUGUUCAGUUUUGGCUUUAUUACCUGCACAUCAAAUCGAAAUGGGGUUUCAAGAAAUCAAAAAUCAUGCUCAAAAUUAUGGAGUAUUAUUACCAAGAUUUUUCACUUAUAUGUCUAGUUUUUGGCUCACCAGAAAAGGUCCCGAGUGUUUCUCGGUGUACGGACAACCUCGCCGUACUAACAAUAAUGUUGAGAGUUUUCACUCCACUCUCCAGCAAACUUUUCAAGUUGCCCACCCAAAUUUAUGGAAAAUGCUUGAACCUAAGAAAUAA